UGAGCACUGUGUGUGAACAUGGUUUACACACACGCACACACACACGCACACGCACGCACGCACGCACUGGAAGCUGUAUUUCCACAUUCCGCUCGGAGGGAGACACACCCUCUGAUCCGGAGGAGGAGAGCUUGAGUCGGGACAGUUGAUGGGAUGCAGAGGGGAGAAACACGCUGCUGAACGUCCUCGUGAAGUUUGGAUCCUCAAGUUUCAUCCCUCGUGAGCUUCUGACAGAGAGCAACAGGAGAGCAGCAGACAUGACACUCACAGAUUUCCUGCAGCCGAUCUCGACCCUGAAGUCCGUUUACCUGUACCUGUGGUUGCUCCAAAGAGUGUACUUUCAUCAGCAGCCAAACACUGGACUUCUGAUCCCGAGUGACCCGUGUCACCAUGCCAACUCCCACGAUCCUCACAGCAACCAGGUGUCCUCGGAGAAGUUGCUAGGUUUACAACUGUGAGCCUUCAUAAAGUGGAUCCCCUCUGCUGCUGGGAGAGAGAGACCAGGAGGCAGAGAUGGUUUGUCAGCGUGGUGCCCUGCUGAUUUUAAUGUUUGUGGUGAACAUGGGACUUGUGUGUGGGUGUGUGUGUCCAGCAGCCACCAUUUUGUCCCAGUUUCCCUCUGAGGUUCCCGCUGACGUCUGUUGCUUGAACUACUCCGGCUCCGCUUUUAGCCAUGUGCACUGGUCUGUGUUUACCAAUGAGACAAACAUAGUGACGCUGGAUCUCUCUUUCUGUAAUAUCAGUUCUCUACAUACGAGUGACAAAGACGUCUCUUCAUUGCAGAAGGUUUACUUAGGUCACAACAGACUAACAGUGUUGCCAAGGGAGUUUCUGGCCGGCCAGCCGAACCUGACGGAGCUGGAUCUGAGCGGGAACCUGAUUCAGGAGCUUCCUGAGGGUUUUCUUCAGGCCUCAGACGGCCUCCAGAAGCUGAAUCUGUAUGGAAACCAGCUACGCCUCCUCCCAGGCUCUGUGCUGCAGAAGCCCAGUCUGCAAACGCUGGAGUUGGAUGGGAACCCCUGGGACUGCUCCUGUUUGUUACUGGAAGGUCUGGAGGAAGGCAGGAAGGUCAACAGGACCGCUGAGCUGGAGGAUCUGGUGGGGAACCUGACCUGCGUCUCUCCACGGUUCCUGGCUGGCAGGACUGUGUUGUCUGUGACGCUCAGGGACGUAUGCCGCCCAGCUGCCCUCACCGCACUCUUCAUCGUGCUCCCUCUUCUCAUCCUCUCCGGCCUUGCUGCUCUGCUGGUGCUGUGGGAGGAAGAGGAAGAAGAAAGAACCAACAUUAAGCACCUCAAAAAGGAGAGCUUCCAACUCCAGCAACGGCCAGAAGCAUCGCAGCAAGCAGAAACCUGUAGCCACGGAGCUGAAUAAAGCUGGACACUGUGGCAAAGAGGGCAUCCUGAAGAACGAGCUGCUGCUACGCCCGGCGUCCACCCUCCUGGGCAGCACCAGAGACAUCUAUGAGGAGGUGGAGAUUAAGCUGGGCUCUGUGGACUCUCUUCCUCAAGUCUCCUCGCACGUUUCGAGCUCCACAGAUGAGAAGCAGGGCCCCCCGGGGCCCGACGGGGCCAGCAAGACAGACCUGGACACAGUGAGCGUGACAGAGGUGAUGAAAGACUCGGCUGACAGGGAGAAGGCUUACCUCACACAGUCCACUGAAUACUACAGCCUGGUGCCGGGUAUCGAGCUGGAGGACUCGGACCACGGCGAGUAUGAAAACGUCAACCUCUCGUGACACCAUGUUAAAGGAAUAGUUCAAAGAAAAAAGAUUCUUGACGUGAAUUAGAUGAGAAGAUGUGAAUAAUAUACGGAAGUUAUUUUACUUAAACUUAAACUUGUGCUUAUUUACUCAUGAAUAUUUAAUGGUAUAGAGAUACUUUAGUUUUGAAACCAAGUUUUUGUUUGUACUUUAACCAAGGGCUUAAAGUACAGAGCUGGGGGGCAGUUAGCUUAGCUUAGCAUAAUGACUGGAAGCAGGGGGAAACAGCUAGCCUGACUGUCCAAAGUACAAAGAUAGGCCUGCCAACACCUAUAAAUGUCAAUUUACUUCCACUGUUUGUGUAUGGAUUAAACUAAUUAGAUCAAACAUUUGGCAAAGCAAAGUUUACCUGCACACUCUUUACAACAUAGCGCGGCUUUGUGACGUAGUGACUACCUGCAGGGCUAAUUGGAACGCUACUGUACCAUGUGAGCUAACCGCUAACAAGAAAAACCGCUAGUCCCUAUGACUGCGAGCCAAGCUGCUUUCUAUUUGCUCUGUGUUGUUUACUUCUGCCUGGCAUGUUGUCCUCUUCAUUAUUUCCUUUUAAUAAAAAGAGUAAUUAAAAAGCUUGCUAAGUGUCGUACAAGCUCGUCGUAAUAUAUGUGUACCAUCGAGUCUUGUCUCAGAACUCAAAUAAAAGUGCUACUAGCUA